CUUAGUUUUAAAUCUCUUGUUCUAGAAUAAAAUGAGUACUACUGAGGUAGAUCCUAGAGUAGAAUGGUGUAUGAAGAUCAUGGAUCAAGAAGGAAUGGACAUGGAGUCGGAGGUGAUGUACUUGUCCGCACCAGUUACCCUUGGAGCUACACCAGCAGCAACUAUUGCUAUUUCUAACUUUGUCUACAGGCUACCAAUUAAGACAAAUAUGGGAGCUGCUAUUCUGGCAACCCCUAUAGCAUUUGGUUGUGGUCUGUUGGUGAAAAGGUGGAGGGAGAAUAUAAAUAGAGAGAAUAUGGCGACCAUGAAGCACUACAUCCUAACCCACCCUGAGAGGUUCCCUGAACCCAAGAGAACCAAAUAUAUUGAUCUCAUCGAACCCUGGAAUGCUGGAAGGCUCUAAAAGUCGUGGCAGGAUCUAGUGGGCGGAGCUUCAUCUGUACGUGGGCGUGUCUCCAUCUUUACGUAGUCAUAAAUUUAACUUUAGUUGUUCAUCUCUUGAAGAAUUUAAAAAUAAUAUAAAAAUUUUCAGUUACAACGUGAAAACAAUAAUAAAUUCGUGUAAAAAUAGUUAAUAAAUAUUGAACUAUGUUUCAUGAUUAAUAUUUCAGAAAAAUGGCGAAUACUCGGUCCAAACCUAAACGAAUAAAUGACAUUAUAAACUGGGAGACUGUUGAUGAUGUUGACAAGGAGUGCGGUGAAUCCCGAGGUUUCCUGCUCCGUGAUGUUCUCAACACCGACAAGUUCGAGGACACCAAGGAGACGAUGAUAGAGGAAUUGACUGGAGAAGACCUAACGGUGGCAUAUAUGCAGAAAUCUGGAUUUAUAAAGCCAAUCCUUGUCAAACAGAGGGAUAAUCUAGGUCUAACCAUUCCACCAGAGUUUCACUCCAGAGAGUUUGGAGUUGAAUCAAUUCGAAGUUAUAUUGGAUCCAGGCGUAUUGUUGAUGCACUGGAUACGAAAACACAGAAGACCAAAUCGAUGACCAUGCGGCAAUGGUGCUCUUUUUGGAUCACUUUUCCUAGGAAACAGAUUCUGAACGGAAUUAGUUUAGAAUUCUCAUUAACCAAACUAGAUGCUCAAAUAAUAUCACCAAAGAUAGUAAGACAGAUUGAUUGGACUGAGAAGGCGUGGCCGAGACACCUGAAAGAGAUGCAGAAGGAGUACACCAACAACCUGGAUGAGAUGAUGUAUCCUAAGGUUCAAAAGUUCGUAAUUAUGUCUGUAGCUUCCAGCUAUAUGGAUUUCCAUAUUGAUUUUGGUGGCACCUCUGUUUGGUAUUAUCUACUUAGAGGACUGAAAAUAUUCUGGUUGAUACCGCCCACUGAUAAAAAUCUAAAUCUUUACAAGGCUUGGGUUAGAGGAGAGGUUGAUGCCAAGUUCUUCGGAGAUAUAGCUGAGGGAUGUUGUAGACUAGAUCUGGUUUCAGGGAACACACUGUUUAUACCCUCGGGUUGGAUUCAUGCCGUUUACAGUGUCAAGGAUGCCAUAGCUUUCUCUGGGAGCUUUCUCCAUAGCUUUAGCAUUGAAAACCAACUCAAGGUGAAUUAUGUAGAGGAGAGUCUAAGAGUCCUGAACAGUCAUCGGUUCCCUUUCUUCACAGAGAUGUUGUGGUAUGUACUGGACCGGUAUGUUAGCUGUUUGACCGGAAACUCCUGCCUCGACCUACCGGAAGACGAAAAGAAAAGAAUGAGAUUAGAACGAGGAGAUCACAUAGAUCCUAAUAAGGAGUUCUUGUAUCCUGGAUUAGUUGGGGAGGCACCUAAACCACCUUUAAAACAUGUUCAUCUCACCCAGGAGGAAAUCCGUGGACUGAAGUUUAUCGUCAUGUUUCUAGCCAAGACCCCAGCGGAGAAGAGAUGUGUGCCUGAUAUUAUCCCUGAGCCCGGUAGGCUGGUCAAGUGUGUCCGAGAUAUAAUUAAAGAGCAUGAAGACGACUGCCCAGAAGCAGCUGUUACAGGUACAUAUAUACUACGCUGGACCAAGAAAGACGACGUGGAUACAGAUAUUAGAAAGAGUAAACUAAUACCGAAACCAAAAAGGAAAGUAAAAAGUUGUAAGAAUCCGUUUGCUAAAAACCAUGUUAAGGCACUGAAGCAUAUGAGAUCUCGGGAAGAUAAACCUGCAGAAAUAGUAAAAAAGAGAAGAAGGAGAUGUAUGGAGUGCGAAGGUUGUAUUGCUACUGAUUGCAAGUCCUGUCCUCCUUGUCGAGAUAUGGUGAAGUAUGGCGGUAUGGGCCGGAUGCGCCAGAGUUGUGUAAAAAGGCACUGCGCACGUCCUCUGCUUCCUGUUGCCGCGCAAUGUUCUGUAUGUCAGCUGGACGGUUGGAACCAGACUCCGGACCCAAAGAAGAUUGUGGAUUUGACCAGCAGUCCCCCUGAUCUAUUUGAGUGUAUUCAAUGUUUCGAUAUUCUGCAUCCAAAAUGUGCAACAACACAGGGACAGGCUGAAUCUACUUUAUCUAACAGUUGGACCUGUUCAAACUGUCUCAAACCUCCUGAUCAAGUCAAAGCAGAAACAUGAAGAAUGAAAU